UCAUGGUUUUUGGAUCUCCAAUUAGCUUCCAAGAAAUAGAUGAAGAAGCCCUAGUUACUGGAGGAAAAGUAAUGGCUUUUACAGUGAUAUUUGGUAUAAUUGCCAUAUUACAAACAUUUUGUGAACAUCAUCAUAUAGCAGUCAUGAGAGAAGCAUCAGUGCCUAUUCUUUUUGGAUUAGUUUUUGGUUUUAUAACAUUUAUUGAGUAUUUUUCUGGAGGAAUAUACUUUGAUCCUAAAAUAUUUUCUUUUGUAUUGUUGCCAAUUAUUGUAUUUAAAGAAGGUUAUUGCCUAAAUAAAUAACAUUUCAUGAAAAACUACUUUUACGUAUUGAUUUAUGGUAUAUUUGGGACUAUAAUUCAAUUUCUUUUAUCAUUUAGUUUUACAUAUUCUUUAACUAAUUCAAGUAUCUUUAAUUAUAAUUUAGAUAUUUUAUGGUAUCCUCCUUAAAAUUCAACUGAUGAAAAUGAAUCAUUCUAUUCUUAGAUGUUCUUCUCAGCUUGUAUUACAUCAAAGGAUAGUGCUGUUAGUCUUAGUGUUCUUGAAUUUGAACAUGCUCCAAAGCUACAUAGUAUAAUAUUUGGAGAAUAAAUAUUAAAUGAUGUAAUUGUAUUUGCACUUUCCUCUACAACACAAAGAUAUGAAAAUGAAAAUGAUAAUUUUCAAAGAGGUGAUUGGUAUAAUUUUUUGAUUUUUAUUGGAUUGGCAUUAGCUUAAUUGAUUUUUGGAUUAUUGGUUGGUAUAGCAACUGGUAAUUAAACAUUAUAUUUUCUAUAGGUCUUAUUUCAACAUGGAUUACUAAAAAUGCGAGAUGUAUAUCUGAGCAUUCUUCUGUUUUAACAAUAUUUACUAUUUAUUGUGCAUAUUUUGCAUUUAGUUUUUGUGAGGCUUUUGAUUUUUGUGGUGUAAUGGCAGUUUUAAUUUGUGGGAUUAUGAUGUCUCAUUACUAAACGUAUAAUUUACCUAAAUUAUCUGCUAAUUCAUCUAAGUAUCAAAUUUUAUAAUUAUUUAGAAUUACUAUUAAAGCUCUUGCAUAUGCAACUGAAACUAUUAUAUAUUUUUAUAUAGGUUUUGCUGUAACUGGAAAUGAAAUUAAUAAUGUCGAUCGCUUAUAAAAUUACACUAUCUAUCCUUUUGUCUUACUUCAAUUCUUUAUCAUUUAACCUGUGUCAAGAUUAUUAUCUAUGUUAGCAUCACAAGGAUUGGCUUUUUUGUAAAUUGAUUAUCGUAAUUAUUAGAAUAAAACCUGAUUCUAAAGGUGCAUUGAGAAUCAAUAGAUAUGAAUUUUUAAUAUUAUUUUAUGCAGGUUUAAUUAAGGGAGUUAUUGCAUAUGCUUUGAUCUGUGAAGUGAAUAUUGAAUAUGCUAAAAUUUCCCCAUAUUAUCCAUAUAUUAAUUAUGCAGCCAUGUAUUCAAUUAUAGGAACUACUUUAUUUGUUGGAGGUUCUUUGAAAUAUGUGACAGAAUGGGCAUAUUAAUAAAUGGAUUUAGGACAUCUAAAAGAAUCAUCAGAUAAUUCUGAAUAUAAAAGCAAUUUAAAAUAAACAUUUAUUCGUGAAGAUAUUAAAGCUUAUGAGAGUGCUAUUUAAAAUAAAUAAAAAUGGUUUAAAAAAUUUGAUGAGAAUUAUAUUAAACCAUUUUUAAUUUAUAACUAUUUAGAGAGAAAAUAGGAUAUUUUAACUGCUAAAAAAAUAAAAAAGAAUAAGCAUACUAUAGAAAAGUAGGAAGAAGAAGAAAUGUAAAUGUAUGAGGAUAGUAUAAGAGAAAGAAGAGAAAAAUAAGAAAUGAAAAAAGCAAAUAAAAAAAGCAAAUUAACAAAUUUGGAUUUAGAUAGUGAAGCAGAAGAAGAAGAUUCUUAACAUCAUUAAAAUUAAAAUAAGAGUAAUCAUCAUUGA